ACCAUGCCCAGUAGUCAUCAUCUAUCAUUUUCUUCUUUCGAGCAUGCGGCAUAAUUAAUGCAAAUUCAAUUCCAUGCACUUGAUAUGGUGCUUAGCUUGAUAUUGCCUUGCUCCCCUCAUUAUUCUUAAUUACAUUUUUAGCAACUUUGAUUCAUCUUACUCAGGAGAUUGAGGCACACCAUUGCUUCUAGGGUGAGUUAGGGCCAAUAGCAUGGAAGAUAUGACAAUGCAAUUCCAUAGAAAGUAUAUACGGAAAUAUCAAGUUACUUUUGAAUUGAGGAAUCACUUUUGUAAAGUCAAGAACAACGGUAUCUAUGAAGACGGAUCGGAGUUGAUGCUCGAUCCUCCUCCACUUCUAAAUAUGUGCACUUAUUCUUAUCAUACAAAUCGUGUACAUGCAUUCGAUCUGAACACAACAUCAGCUACCGGAAAUUAUCAAAUCUAUUCUUACAAGUUCAUUCAAAAGUUAGUAGAUGUGCAAUUCAAACUGUUGUUUGAGGAUCCGAGCGGCCAUUGAAGAAGAAGAAGAUCACAAUGUUAAUUAGCAAAUGAAUCGGUCAUCAUGCCAAUUUUUUUCCGUCUGAAUUAUCACUGUGUAUCACAAUCUUUGUAUCACUUUGUAUUAUGAAUCUAUCACUUUUGUGCAAUAUUUG